UCAUCGGAUUAUGGAACUUGCAUUAAGUUCAAUGGAAAAUCAAGCGAAUUUCAAUAACAGUGCACAGAAUCCAGACGUUGCAGAUCCUGAAGAUGAAUUGCAAAACAUCAAUAAUGAAAUGAUUACUCAGAAUUCAAGCACGUACGUUGUUCAGAGUACAGGUACUAUGAAGAUGAAUUUUACAAGGGUUCAUAAAACAUCCUCUAGUCCGAAUACUUCAGAAGAUGGGGAUUUUUCAUCUGGUUCUAGUGAUAAUUAUGCACCAUCAAGUAGUCGGGAGUCAAGCUGCUCUGAACAAUCCUUUGAUUCUGAAGCUGAGAAUCUAGAACCAGCUCAGAAUGGACCUGAUUCUCCAGCUAAGAAAGGAAAAAAGAGAAUAAGGAAUGUUGAAAACUGGAUUAAAGUGAAAGCUAAGACAUUGAAAAAUUCGGGGAAAAAGUAUACAUCAAGCGCCGGAAAAAUGGUUGAAGCGAAAAAAAUGAGACCACCAUGCUCAGAAAAAUGCAUACUAUCCUGUACGAAAAAAAUUGGUGAGGCAUUCAGAAUUCAAUUGUUCACAGAAUACUGGGAGUUGGCUUCUCUGCAACGACAGCGCGAUUUUUUGAGUUCUUGCAUUGAACAGUUAACAGUGAAGUACCGUCGCAUAUCAUCCACAGAAGCCCGCAAACCUAACUGCGCCUUCUAUUUGCUGAAUAACGGACAGAAAGUCCGUGUUUGCAAAACAUUCUUGAUAAACACAUUAGGAAUAGCUGAAAGAACUAUUCGAACUGUCAUUGCGUCAAAGGCAACUGGUUGUGGAAUUGCACCUGCAGAUCAAAGAGGGAAACACAGUAAACACAGAAGAAUUGAUUCAGAAAUCUUGAAUUCCAUCCGAGACCACAUAAACUCAAUACCGCGAAUUGAAAGCCAUUAUGUUAGAAGCGAUACGUCAAGAGAAUUUAUAGAUGGUGGGUUGUCCAUUGCCGAAAUGCAUAGGCAUUAUUCAGAAGAAAGGGCUUUAGCUAAUAAACCCACCACAACUUACGAUACAUAUGCCCGGAUAUUCAAUACAGAAUUUAACAUUGGAUUCUUCGCACCUAAGAAAGAUCAAUGUGACCUAUGUGAAUCCUAUAAAAAUAAUCCAAACAAUACUGAAGUACAAAAGGCAUACGAAGAACAUCAAGAAGAAAAAAAACUUAGUCGUAAUGAGAAGGACCAGGAUAAAAGCAAAGCCAAAAACCAAGACAUUGUUUUAGCAGUUUAUGACUUGCAGGCGGUACUACCUGUACCAAUGGCGCAAACUUCAAUUUUUUUUUAUAAAUCCAGACUUAACUGUUUCAACUUUACGGUAACUGAAAUUGGGAAUGACAAAACUUUCUGCUUCUUCUGGCAUGAAGGGCUCGGGCAUAGAGGUGCUGCAGAAAUAGGGACUUGCGUUUUACUCUAUCUAGAGGAAUUGUCCAAAACCAAACCUGGAGCUGAUGUCGUGUUUUAUUCAGACAACUGUGGUGGUCAGCAAAAAAACAAAUUCUUCAUUGGAAUGUACUUGUAUGCAGUUGAGAAGUUCAACAUUAAUUCAAUAACCCAUAAAUAUUUAGUUAGAGGUCAUACACAAAAUGAGGGGGAUGCAGUGCACAGUAUCAUCGAGAGGUCUGUAAAAAAGGCAAAGAAGUCGGGCCCUAUUUAUGUGCCAGAUCAAUACGUCUCAAUUAUCAGGAACACAAAAAAGAAAGGAAAUCCUUUACAAGUUAAGGAGCUGAGUUUUGGAGAUUUUUUUGAUCUAAAAGCCUUAUUUGAAGAAAUGGGGAUUAAUAUUUCCAAAAAUACUGAUAGACAGGAUUUUAAAAUAAACGAUGUAAAGGUAAUGAAAUUUGAAAAAGCAAGUGAAGUAUUUCUUUACAAGACUUCCUUUAAACAGUCAGAGUGGCACUCCGUUGCAUUCAAACACCAGAAAGCAACUCGUUCUUCUAAUGGAAGAGUAAUGAAAGAAGUCAAUUUAACACGCAUCUACACCAACAAAAUUCUACUUUCGGAAUUGAAAAUCAAACAUUUUAUGUUUCUAAUGAAUAAAAAUCAGAUCCCCCAGUUUUAUCAACAUUUUUAUAAUUCUCUCUUCUAA